AUGGAAGAUUCAAAUAGUGAUAAAGUUAAACCACCACCAGAAGACUCUGAUGAACCACCAUUACUCAAUAAAGGAAGAAAACCAUUUUUCUUAUCAAAACGAAAGUCCAAAUCAUUUGAGUCACAAAUUCAAGGGACCUUGUUAAGAUUACUGAUAUCAAUGGGAUAUAAUAUCGUUUUAAAAAAACCAAAAAUGGCAAAGAAAUCAUUACCCUUUCUUACGGUUGUAUCACUUCAACGUGGAAACACUUUCAUUAAUUUUAAAAUGGACUUGGAGAGUAGAUGCAAAUUACUUGAAUCUGAAAAAGAAAAUGAUGGAAGGUAUACACAUAAUCAACUCAUGAAAUAUACUCAAAGAAAUAGGAUUGCUCUUACUUGUAAUCAAUUAAUGGAGUUAUUAAAGAAAGACGGAUUUCAAAUUAAAACAAAAAGGUCAAAAGAGAGUAUUGAGACAGUUCAACUAAUUAAAUUUACUCAACUUUGGAAUGACCAUUUAGGGAUAAUGCUUGAUUCUAUUGCCAUACAAACUAUUGGUGAAGAUAUGAUUUCAUUUGUAUCAGAAACUUUUCAACAAACAGCCCGUGAACAAAUUAUGUUUGGGAAAGAGUUUUAUUAUGGGUAUGAAUUUCUUGAUGAUUCUCGUAAAACUUGUUCUCAUAAUUAA